UUGAAAAGGAGGAAGAAAAAAUGUCCCCAGUCCUCACCCUUUUAUCUUUCACCUGCUAAACCAUACACUAUCCUACCAAAGAAAACAAAAAUGGCGGCUUCAUUAUUAUCAUUCAAUAAUAUCAUCUCAAUCAAAAAGCAGCCCUUUCAAUUUACUUCCAGUAGUCAUUAUCACUCUCCAAAUCCAGUCAGCAUAAUCCGUUGCUCAUCCGCCACGUCAUCAACCAACCACAAAAGCUACAACAUAACUUUGCUUCCUGGUGAUGGAAUUGGCCCUGAAGUCAUUUCUGUUGCCAAAAAUGUUCUUAAUCUUGCUGCCUCCAUUGAAGGGAUUGAAUUUAAGUUCAAUGAGAAGUUGAUGGGAGGUGCAGCUUUGGAUUCCACCGGAGUUCCGUUACCUAACGAAACUCUCGAAACUGCUAAGCAAUCUGAUGCUGUUCUUCUUGGUGCUAUUGGCGGGUACAAGUGGGAUAAUAAUGAGAAACAUCUGAAGCCUGAGACUGGACUGCUUCAGCUUCGUGAAGGUCUUAAAGUAUUUGCAAAUCUAAGGCCUGCAACUGUUCUACCGCAGUUAGUGGAUGCUUCAACUUUAAAGAAAGAGGUUGCUGAAGGAGUUGACUUGAUGGUUGUAAGGGAACUUACAGGAGGAAUCUACUUUGGAAAACCAAGGGGAUUUGGAACCGAUGAAAAUGGUGAGGAGAUUGGCUACAACACUGAGGUUUAUGCAGCAUAUGAGAUUGACCGCAUAGCUCGUAUUGCAUUUGAGACGGCUCGUAAGCGUGGUGGCAAGCUUUGCUCCGUUGACAAAGCAAACGUCUUGGAGGCGUCAAUGUUUUGGAGGAAAAGGAUAAUAGCAAUAUCAGCUGAAUACUCUGAUGUUGAGCUGUCUCAUAUGUAUGUUGACAAUGCAGCAAUGCAGCUUAUCAGGAACCCGAAACAGUUUGACACUAUAGUUACGAACAACAUAUUUGGUGAUAUUUUAUCAGAUGAGGCAUCCAUGAUCACUGGAAGUAUUGGAAUGCUUCCGUCUGCCAGUCUCAGUGAAUCGGGACCUGGACUGUUUGAACCAAUCCAUGGUUCUGCUCCUGAUAUUGCUGGGCAGGAUAAAGCAAACCCCUUAGCAACCAUUCUUAGUGCUGCAAUGCUUUUGAAAUAUGGUUUAGGUGAAGUGAAGGCAGCUGAGAGGAUCGAGUUGGCUGUGCUCGAAACUUUAAAUAGGGGAUUUCGUACCGGCGACAUUUAUUCAACUGGAAAUAAAUUGGUUGGAUGCAAGGAGAUGGGUGAAGAAGUGUUAAAGUCCGUUGAUACAAAGACACCUGCGUCAGUCUAAGCAGUCAAUCGAAGUGAUGCCGAGGCUUUGUAUCUGCCGAAGUGUUCUGUCAAGUUCAAGAAAAUUGCAGUGUUAUAGAGGUUAGCUUGAGAAUGUCUCCGGGUAAUUUAUUGAGCUUUUUACCAUUAAUUUAUCUCACUAUGAGAGUUAAUUAUCUUUUUGAUAGUUCUUGAUUUUGUUUUCCUGAUCAGCAUGCAUAAAUUUUGAGAUAUUAUUGUAGUCUGUAACAUGUUGAUUAAUAUAUCUGUGGAAAAAAGUUGUGUAUGAAGUAA